GUGAAGACCUGUCCGAAAAUGGCAGCAGGGGAGAACUAUCCAUUCUCCAUCAAACCAGCACAGAUCGACCCGAUCCCGAUCGGACACCAUCAAGCUCGGCCCCCCGUCCCACCACACGAAGCCCCCCAUGCGAUCUCCUCGGCUGCUCCGCCCCGCGCCGGCGCGGCUCGUUGCCGCCGCGCUUCUCCUAGCGGCUCUCGCCGGAGGCGCCGCCGCCGCCGACAUCAGCGGCAGGGAUGGGUACGGGCGCGCGAGGAGGCUGCACAUGAGGGACAAGGUCGUCGAGAUGUUUUAUCAUGCCUAUGACAACUACAUGGCGUAUGCAUUCCCUCAUGAUGAAUUGAAGCCUCUUACUAAAAGCUUCACUGACUCCCUCAGUGAGCUUGGUAACCUAAAUCUUGAACAUUUGCCACAUGAUUAUAAUGGAUCAGCGUUGACACUAGUCGAGUCAUUAUCAAGUCUUGUUGUCUUAGGUAACCUCACAGAAUUCGAGAGAGGAGUUACCUGGCUUUCAGAAAACCUAACUUUUGAUGUUGACGCCCGGGUUAAUCUUUUUGAGUGUAACAUAAGACUUCUUGGGGGGCUUAUUUCUGCUCAUAUUCUUGCAAAGGACUACAUCAGUCAGCGUAAAGAUGGAGUAUAUCAGGACCAAUUGCUACAUCUUGCUGAAAAUUUAGGCAGCCGAUUUCUGCCAGCAUUCGAGACACCUACUGGAUUGCCGUAUGCCUGGAUCAAUCUUAAGUACGGAGUGAUAGAGAACGAGACAACUGAAACAAGUACAUCAGGAUGUGGUUCCCUUAUCCUUGAAAUGGGUGCAUUGUCACGUUUGACCGGUGAUUCUAGAUAUGAAGCUGCAGCUCAUCGUGCUCUUCGUAAGCUAUGGAGCAUGAGGAGUUCACUGAAUCUCGUAGGCUCAACACUUGAUGUUUUGUCGGGCAAGUGGAUUGAAUAUUCGUCAGGCAUUGGUGCUGGAGUUGAUUCAUUUUACGAGUAUUUGAUUAAGGCAUACAUUCUUUUCGGAAGUGACGAGUACUGGGAUAUGUUUCAUUCAGCUUACCUUGCGGUGCAGAAGUAUUUCCGACAUGGCCCAUGGUAUCAUGAGGCCGAUAUCAGGACUGGAGAAGCAACACACUGGCAACUAACCAGCCUGCAGGCCUUCUGGCCUGGUGUUCAGACACUACUAGGAGACGUUGCUGCUGCAAAUCUGUCACAUCGUGAAUUUUACAAUGUAUGGCAAAGGUUUGGCGUGCUUCCUGAAAGAUAUCUAUUAGACUACGGAAUACUGCAUCCUACAGAGAAGUACUAUCCUUUACGCCCGGAGUUUGCCGAGUCUACGUUUUAUCUUUAUCAAGCAACGAAAGAUCCUUGGUACCUAGAAGUGGGCGAAGCUAUUAUAGGGUCACUUAAUUACUAUACUAAAGUGGAAGGGGGGUUUGCUAGUAUCAGAGAUGUUUCAACAAUGAAACAAGAAGAUCAUCAACACAGCUUCUUUCUUUCAGAAACGUGCAAAUAUCUUUUCCUCCUUUAUGAUGAUUCAUUCUUGAGGAAGCAAAACUACAUAUUUACAACCGAGGGCCACCCCCUUCCUAUAAGGAGCACAUGGCAUGAGAAAAUUCCUGCAUCGGAUGUUCCCAGCAAUUGGACAUCUGUUAAGGAUGCUGAGCAACCAAUUCGUGUGAGUGCAUUGUCAUCUCAAGUUUGCCCAGAGACAAUUUUCCGGCAGAGCUUUGGGUCCACAUGGGAGAGUGCGUGCCAUGUACCAGAUGUGUUUCCUAACCACAAAUGCAGGGCUGAUGAUGACUGUGGGAUAGAGUCAGUAUCUUGCAAGAGAAGAACUUGCAGUACUGCUGGCUAUUGCGGUUUGUGGCUGGCGGUUUUAUAGUCAAUUUAUCGCAGAGAUGUAUUUUGCCAUUCGGUUCACAGGAUGACCAAAAUAAGGUCAAAAGCUUGAAAAAUAUUCUGUUACAGGGUUAGGCCUAACAUACAUUAGAGCAGCACAUAGCAACAUGGCAUGUAAAUUGUACAAAUUCACAUUUCAAAUAUUGUCUAUAGUGUUUAUAUUGAUGUAGCCUGGCAAAGAAACCAAGGGCGUGGCACAUUCUGAAAUUCUGCCUUUUAUUUA